AUGCGUGUCGCGAUGCUUCUGUGCCUGUCGCUUGUCGGAAGUGUUCCAGACUACAGCUUUAGUGAUGCAGAUGAAGUUCUACAGGCUGUGGUCUCAAAGCUCAAAGAAGCUCCAGCAGAUGCCCAGGAGAUGCAACGUGCACAGCAACUGGGCAUGGCCUACUUGGAUCAAAAGCAGAAAGAGGCCUCCAUGGCUACAAGGGCCACCAGCCUGCUGCAGGUUCAAACCUCGAGGACCAACGAUGAACGACCCGAGGCCAAGUUCAACCCCUUCAAGCCUGAUCCUGCUCUAGCGCGCAGCUCCAACCCAAUGCUGGUGGAGGACGAGGAGGACUAG